UCACAUGGCGCCAUGUGCAACAGCUCGACCCAGUUGCUUGCUUCACCGGUAAGUAAAUAAACAAAUUCUACAGUGAAUAGACUGGUAAGAUCGAAUUGUCUUGUCACGUUUGCUAUGCAGGAACUGCAGCAGCAGCUGGCAGCCAUGAACAGGCACUGUCAUUUCCAAGCAACCCAUCCCAUGCAGCAGUAUAUACCAUACACACACAAGAAAAAGAGGAGAGGGGAGGAGAGAAGAGAAGAGACGAGAAGCGUACAGAGAGUUUUCUUCUCCUUCUCCUUGCUCUUUGUGGCGCGGCGCCGCAUUGCAACUGCAUCCAUCGAUCGGACAACCUGAUUAGCAUGCAACGCAGGACAGCAGCCCCUGCGGCCAGCAGCAACCCCCCAGCGCGCUCUCAUCAAAGCCAUCCCGAUGCCGCUGCUUCGUUGACAAAUUCUGCCGGGGAGCUCAGGCUACCCAACGGCGACCUCUACUCCGGCACGCUGUCGGGGGGAGUACCGGAGGGCACGGGGCGGUGCGUCUGGUCAGGCAGCGGCUGCGUGUACGAGGGCGGGUGGAGGCGGGGGAUGAGACACGGCAUUGGAAGGACGGAGUGGCCGUCGGGGGCCGUCUACGAAGGCGAAUACUCCGGCGGCUUCAUGGACGGCGAAGGAACACACGUGGCCGCCGGCUCCUCCUCCUCGUCCUCUUACAAGGGUCAGUGGAAGCUGGACCGCAAGCACGGCCUCGGGCUCCAGGCGCACGCCAAUGGCGACGUGUACCAGGGCGCCUGGGUCCAGGGCCAGAUGGAAGGCCAGGGCAGGUACACGUGGGCCAACGGCAACAACUACGUCGGCACCAUGAGGAACGGCCUCAUGUCCGGCAAAGGUGUCCUCACGUGGAGCACCGGGGACUCGUUCCAGGGGAACUGGGUCGCCGGCGUGGCGCACGGCUACGGGCUGUACACCUGGGAGGGCGGCGGGUGCUACCUCGGCACCUGGAGCAGGGGGCUCAAGGACGGGAAAGGCACCUUCUACCCUGAGCGCCGCAGGGUUCCCGCCGCUCGCCUCGACGACCUGAGGAAGAGGGGCGUGCUGCCCGACGUCUCCUUCGGCGCCGGCGCGGACCCAGAGCCCGCGGAGGCGGAUGCGAGUUUGUCCAGGAGGAACUCAGGCCUCGGGCGGCCUCCGAUGAAGAAGCGGCCGUCCCUGCAGAGACGCCGGAGUAUCGGCGCGGCCAUCGGAGUGGCCGUCGGGGUGGUCACCGGAGGUCCUGCAGGUCCUGGGAAAACGCUGAAAUGUGAAGACACGGCUGGUUCCCUCUCCCAGAUACUCGAGAGGGAGUACGCGCAGGGCGUCCUGAUCAGCGAGGUCGUGCUGGAUAAGAGCCUCCCGGAUUCGCCGUCGUCCAAGAAACCGAGACUUGGACGGAGCAGGAAGGUGAAGGAUGCCAAAAGGCCUGGAGAGACGAUAAUUAAAGGGCACCGGAGCUACGAUCUGAUGCUCUGUCUGCAACUUGGAAUCAGGUACACAGUUGGGAGGAUUACUCCGAUUCAGGAGCGUGAAGUGCGAGCUUCUGAUUUUGGCCCCAAAGCAAAUUUCUGGAUGAACUUCCCCAAAAACGGAUCACCGCUUACUCCUUCACAUCGUGCUCUAGAUUUCAAGUGGAAGGACUACUGCCCAAUGGUUUUCAGAAAUUUGAGGGAGAUGUUCAAGAUUGAUACAGCAGAUUACAUGAUUUCCAUUAGUGGAAGUGAUGCACUUAGGGAGCUAUCUUCUCCUGGAAAGAGCGGGAGUAUUUUUUUCUCAUCACAAGAUGACCAGUUUAUGAUCAAGACUCUUCGGAAAUCAGAAGUGCAGGUUCUUCUGCGUAUGCUUCCAUACUAUUAUCGUCAUGUCCAUACCUAUGAGAAUACACUUGUAACUAAAUUUUUUGGCCUCCACAGGGUGAGACCUUCCAGCGGUCAAAAGUUUCGAUUUGUAGUGAUGGGCAACAUGUUCUGCACAGAACUUAGAAUUCAUCGAAGAUUUGAUUUGAAAGGUUCGUCUUUGGGCCGUUCUACGGAGAAAAUUAAAAUCGACGAGAACACGACACUGAAAGAUUUGGAUCUGAACUAUUCAUUUUAUCUCGAGCCUUCUUGGCGGGAUGCUUUGCUUAAGCAGAUUGAAAUCGAUAGCGAAUUUCUAAGGAACCACAGUAUAAUGGAUUACAGUUUGCUUCUUGGUUUCCAUUACCGGGCUCGUCGAAACCUACAAAUAGGAUCAUCAUGUCCUGAAAGCAUUUUGCCAGAUAAACUAACCAUUCUUUCGGAAGCAGAUGCCGCGGAGGAGGAUUCCGCUUAUAAUUAUCGAGGCGGGCUGAUUUUGGUGCAGCGAGGCAGUGACAAAAAUGGUUCAGAUGCUGUUGGCCCGCACGUAAGGGGGAGCCGCCUGCGUGCGCCGUCGGGUUGUUUCGAGGAAGUAGAUCUUCUGAUUCCAGGCACAGGAAGGCUCCCCAUCCAGCUAGGGGUCAACAUGCCGGCGAGAGCGGAGAAAGAAGAGAAACAAGAAGAAGGCAGCAAAUCACUCCAUCACAUGUAUGAUGUGGUGCUCUACAUAGGGAUCAUUGAUAUUCUGCAGAAGUACAACAUGACAAAGAAGAUUGAGCAUGCAUACAAGUCCAUCAAGUAUAAGUAUAACCCCUUGUCAAUAUCUGCAGUUGAACCUCAAUUCUACUCGGAGCGUUUCCUCAAGUUUGUCGGGACCGCCUUCCCACAAAACUCAUCUAAUCAAUAAAUCAUCUUUCUUUCCUCCUCUCUUGCUAGAAAAAAUGUAAAAAAAAGGGAAAUCCAGGGAAGUGUGUUUGCUUGAUAUAUUAAUGUUGUGCAUGUGUAUGGUUGAGACCGUUGGAGGCAAUGUAUGUAUGUAUAUUUGUCAAAAGCAACAUAGACAAAAGAAGGCAUCA